ACACCGAGCACGCGCCCUCCGACGUGCGCGCGGGCGCAGGGUUGGCGGAGUUGGCGUUCUCGGGGAGCAUCCUCGGCCAGGUACCCGCAGAGAUGAUAAAUAGCCAAGCAUUUAAGUGAUGGAUAGUCAGAGCUGAAAAACUAGAUGCAUUGAAAAUGUUGACUACUUAAAGCAAAGAGAAAUAGUAUCUUCAGGAUGUUAGGUUACAAAACUAGAAAUUAAAGGACAAGAAGAAGACCUUUUUGGCUGAAGACUCUGAAACACUAUUCCUCUGAAGCUAAGACUUUUUCUUUUAACAUUUCCUGGAGGGUGUAUUGGUAUGGAGUUGGGUGGGUAAGCACGUAACAGUGAAAAAGAAACCCUCCUGCUAUUACAUAAUUCGCCAUCUGCCAUCACCUCCCUUCUUGUGCCUAUGACCCUCCCCAAACUGCCCUGUUGCUUGUAGGCUUGCUGAGCUGAGAGGCAGCCCUCACUCCAUCAGCACCUCCUGGAGAUGCCUUUGCAUCCUGGAGAACUUUGCAGAGUUCUUGACCAGUUUGCAGAAAUCUGUGUCUGUAUCUAUAUGCAAAGGCUUCCUGAUACGAUACACAGGCAUACCUCGUUUUAUUGCGCCUCACUUUAUUGCACUUCACAGAUACUGCAUUUUUUACAAAUUGAAGGUUUGUGGCAACCCUGCGUUGAGCAAGUCUGUCUACACCAUUUUUCCAACAGCAUUUGCUCACUUCAUGUCUCUAUGUCACAUUUUUGGUAAUUCUUGCAAUAUUUCAAACUUUUCAUUAUUAUUAUAUUUAUUAUGGUGAUGAGUGAUCUUUAAUGUUACUAUUGUAAUUGUUUGUGGGUACCAGGAACCACAUCCAUAUAACACGGCAAACUUAAUCGGUAAAUGUUGUGUGUGCUGGCUGCUCCACUGACUGUUCUCCUGUCUCUCCCUCUCCUUGGGCCUCCCUGUUUCCUGAGCAACAGUUUUGAAAUUAGGCCAAUUAAUAACCCUGCAAUGGCCUCCAAGUGUUCCAGUGAAAGGAAGAGUCGCACAUCUCUCACUUUAAAUCAAAAGCUGGAAAUGAUUAAGCUUAGUGAGGAAGGCAUGUCGAAAGCUGAGAUAGGCAGAAGGCUAGGCCUCUUGCGCCAAACAGUCAGCCAAGUUGUGAAUGCAAAGGAAAAGUUCUUGAAGGAAAUUAAAAGUGCUACUCCAGUGAACACACGAAUGAUAAGAAAGCGAAACAGCCUUAUUGCUGAUAUGGAGAAAGUUUUAGUGGUCUGGAUAGAAGAUCAAACCAGCCACAACAUUCCCUUAAGCCAAAGCCUAAUCCAGAGCAAGGCCCUAACUCUCUUCAAUUCUAUGAAGGCUGAGAGAGGUAAGGAAGUCGCAGAACAGAAGUUUGAAGCCAGCAGAGGUUGGUUCAUGAGGUUUAAGGAAAGAAGCCGUCUCCGUAACAUGAGAGUGCGAGGUGAAGCAGCAAGUGCUGAUACAGAAGCUGCAGCGAGUUAUCCUGCAGAUGUGGCUGGGUUGCUACAAUCUCACGAUAAAACGUUAGCGGAUAAGGAGUUGCUUCUUGUGGAUGAGCAAAGAAAGUGGCUUCUUGAGAUGAAAUCUGCUCCUGGUGAAGAUGCUGUGAAGAUUGUUGAAAUGACGACAAAGGAUUUAGAAUAUUACAUAAACUUAGUUGAUAAAGCGGCGGCAGGGUUUGAGAGAAUUGACUCCGAUUUCGAAAGAAGUUCUGCUGUGGGUAAAAUGCUAUCAAACAGCAUUGCAUGCUACAGAAAAAUCGUUUCUGAGAGGAAGAAUCAGUCAAUGCGGCGACAAACUUCUUUGCUGUCUUAUUUUAAGAAAUUGCAGCAGCCACCUCAACUUUCAGCAGCCACCACGCUUAUCAGUCAGCAGCCAUCAACAUCGAGGCAAGACCCUCCACCAGCAAAAAGAUUACGACUUGCUGAAGGCGCAGAUGAUGGUUAGCAUUUUUUAGCAAUAAAGUAUUUUUUAAUUAAGACAUGAAUCUGCUCUGCAUCUUGAACCCUAUAAAUAUGGCUAAGUGGGUCAGUGUGGCAUGCUACCUACUGGCCAUACUAUUUUGCUCAUUGUUCAUUAUGGGAUAUCAUACUCAUGCAGCUAUGCAUGUUCCUCCAACAGCUCCAGAAAUAGCAGUUGUGCCACCAUUCCAAAAUGGAAUGCCACCUCUGGUCCAGAGACAACUCCACAGUCUGUGACAUCCUCUACUUCCUCCACAGAACACCAUCCUGUCACCUUAUUGCAUCUGAGGACUCACCUGCAUCACCAAGCCCAUCCUUUCCACCCCAUCUUUCACCAUCAGCACCAUCUACUGGCUGGGGAACCUUCAGUCAGCGAAGAAAGCAAAUACUGAGGGAAGCCAAGGAAGCAGUAGAAACCUCCACUUCAAUCUCCACAAGCCUCAACGAGGAUCCUGAAGAACACCCCCCAUUAGACACAGGCUCGGAGGGUGAAGAUUGACCUGAUCUUCUAACUGACUCUUAGUAUUAUACCCCAGCACGUAUACCAAUACAACCAGGUACUGGCUUUUGUACUCUUCCCUUCCCUUCCCUUUGUGAAGUAGGAUCAGCACUGAUACAUUUUAAGGACUGACUAAAAACAACCCACAUCUGAUUCGGAUCUACUAAGUGUUUUAGCAUACUAUUGCACUAGAGCAGCUGCACAAUAUACAGAAUGGGCGCUUGGGUGCCCACAGCCAAGACCCAUUUCAAAUAUUAUGGCCACUCAAAUACUAGGCCAUCUUGCUGCUCUUGCUCAUUUCAGAAUUUGGAGACUAGUUACCCACCCAUUUGGCAUCCCUAGGCAUUGUAUGUUGCUUAAAUUGCUUAUUAUCUUAUGUUUAAUGGGAAAAAGCUUAUAUGCACCCAGUUCCAGCACAGCUACAUUUCUUGUGCAUAUCAACACUACCACUGAUCCUUACCCAGUAGAUCAAAAUCUUGUGCGAUAUAAAGGCAAAUAUUUGGCUUUAGCAAUAGACCAAACUUGGCUACAAGAAAUUACCAAAUUGCCUGCAUACACACAUACUAAUAAGGAUGUAUUAGAAAAGAUAAUUAAACCAUUAUGUAUAAACACCAGUUUAAUAUCCCAUGCUAUGAUAGAAUUAAACAUGCAGUAGGAAGAAAAUUUCAUAUACCAUGUUGGUUGAAUAUGAUCAAAUAUACUAAAAGAAAUACAAUGGAGAGAUUCUAUGUGCUCUCUACACACAGACCUCAAAAGAUUCAUUUGUAGAAAUGUGGCAAUGCUACACCCUUGCACAAUGCUCUUUGAGUACAUUUCAUCAAUUGGCAGGGUAGAAAAUGACAAUGCUAGUGACAGAGAACCACAACUAGAUACUCACAGGACAUGUGACUGAUAUUCAGAGACAUCACUCAAAGGCCUGUAUCACUUAGCUAUGUGGCAAUGGGUAUCUGCAUGGGAUAAGGUGGAGAACCAUGAUUAUUAUUUUUUUAUUAUGAAAAUAACAGAGAAAAUACCACUCACGCCACUCAGACACCCACCAUACCAAUUUAUAUAGUCAAUAAGGUACUUAUUGAUUCCACCAAAACGAUACCCGAAAUAAAUGACAAACUAUCUCUACUUCCAUACAAACAGUGUCUAUAUUUAGGAGUCCCAUGGGAAUGCAAUACCACUGAUGGCAGAAGUUAGACUUUGUGUCACAGAAUGGCCUAACCUGUUCCGCUAUGGCAAUCUAACCAUACAUGAAACACCUCUUGCCACAUCCCUAGCAGAAUUCUUUAACCCUUACACAUUUUUUACAACAUACAGUGAUUCUCUUACAUAUUCUUAACUCAAGUGGCAACAGAAUUUUUCCAUUGGUACUAACAAAUCUAAUUUAUGAAACAUGUAAACGUGGCUUAUCUCAUGUAUUUAAGUACCCAACAGCUUACUCAAACAGUAAGGUAAUGUUACAGUGUAUAACAGAAAGAUCCUUUCUGUUUAACAAAUGCUAUAGAGAUGACUGUAGGCCAGGAAACAUGAUCAAAGCAAAACAGUCUGGAAACCAAGACAGAAGAGUAUUGUACAUGCACAGACAAAUAUUAACAGAGUAAUGAAGAUUGGGGAAAAUAGAGCAAGUUGCUAUACACAGUUCCUCUGUGUGCUCUGAUGCUGUAUUAAAUACUUUUGCAGGACCAGACAGUAUCACCCUUUUCAUACUCAUACCGAAGGAUUAUAAAUUAUUAAUUUGGUGUUGUAACAAAACACAUAUAAAUAUUUUGGUGCCAUCUUUUACCUUGCAAAAUAUUUCUAAAUCUUCAUGUGGGGAUGUACCAAACAAUGCAACUGUGAACCAAACAUUAAUGGUGAUCCAUGCCUAAGGUCAACUAUUCAACUUUAAAUUUUACAAACAAUAUAUCCUUGAAUAGAACAUAUGAAUGACAUACAAAUCUCGUGAGUAUGAGCCACAGGCAGAUUGCUCCUUUAGUGAUGAGACAAGAAUCUCGGAACCAGUUUCUGGGAUGCACACUGGGAUGUACCAUGACUAAUGUAGAGAUAAAUACUGCUAGAUGGGAAGCAGGAGCAUGCUCAUGUCAGUGUAAAAAAACUGUAUGAUAAUAAUAUGUCAAAAAUUGCCAAUUGGAGUAAAAUCGUGCUCUAUGGAACAGACCACAUGAAAAAUUAAUAGGUGACUGGUGAAAAAUGAGAGUGAGAAGUAAAAUAUUAAACUAGAAGAUUUGAACCAACCUAGAAAAACUGUUAAAAACUAAUAGAGAUGAGUUUAUGGAAUAUGGAAUGUGUAGUUCCAGCCAUGGGUCGUGAUGAUACUCUAGGGAUAGACAUUGUCACAGCGCAUCCACAUGAAGACAAUUGGGCAGUUAUAUCUUUAAUUAUAAAUAUGACAAAAUUUUGUCAUUUCCUACACUCCCAACUUACGCUGUUUAAUCUGUAUUCGCCUAUUAGAAUAGAUCCAUGGACACUAUGUCCAACUUUAAAAGAACAGAGACACCUUAUAAAGUGUGUAGAGUUCACAGAGGAAACCUAGCUAUAAUACAUGCCGUUCAUUAGACUCAGGGGUAUACCUCUGCCUUCUAGCUCACACCACAGAUUUCUACCUCAAGAACUUGGGAACCUGUGUUAGUAAAACCUCUCACGGUCAUGUUGGAGCCCACAGUAGUGACCUAUACCUUGAAAUUUAAUAUACAAGUCUUUCAAGCGGGAUGUGGAUCCCCAAAUUGUGCUCAGUUUUAUCUGUCUUCAUUUAUGCCUGAUUUACAACCUAUGCCAAAAACAGAUGUGCUGAAAGGAAGAAAAGCCUUACAGUUCCUUAUUGGACUCUUAGGAGGUUUAAUUGGAGGAGCAAUGGCAGCUGCUUUUUCUCAGUUCCAAAUUGAUCAAAUCACAUUAGAUUUUAAAAACUUUGAAACCAAACAAUCUCAAUUUAACACACGUGCAAUGGCAGCGUUAGCAUAGUUGGGUACACAGAUGGAUACAAUUAGCAAUUUAUUAUAAAACAUAAAUGAAUUUCAUAGGGAAGUAAAUAUAGCAAUAGAGAGUCUACAUAAAACAACUGGAGAAAAUGCUAAAAAUAACAAAAUACUAUAAAAACAACAUAAAAAAUGUUUCUCUCAGUGUAGAUUAUCAAUUACUGCGGUUAAGAUUGGUUGAUAUGUGGAAGACUUGGAACAGCUGUAAUCUCAGGGCAGUACUGGUCACCUGAGAUAAGACAGUCCAACCAGCAGUAGAGUAGAUACCACACAUCCUAAUGGUCGUGAUUCCUUGGGCAUCUGUGAAAUGAGAAUAUUGCACUAAAGGAGGAAACAUGACAUUGAGUUACCCCACUUUUGCAGUUCCCAAUUUCAAAAGGGAGACGAGCCUACAGGCCACAGAAAGCCCCUGUAUGAUAGAAGGAAAAUGUGUUCCUAAGGAUGUGUUAGUGGAACGGAAUCAAAAUGUCCUUCUUAUUGCUAGACCUUUGGAUAUACCUGUGGUACAAGUACCCAUGACUAUGGCCUUGAUGCCUCCUCAACCAGUUAAAUAUAGUAUGGGAAACUGGGCAUGAUAGUAUACUCUAAGCCAAACCUUACCCUAACCUGCUGGAUUCGGGGGGAACAUAACACAAAAUAAUGGGAUGUGUAGAAAUAGAACAGGUAAUGAAUGUAACAGUAGGAGAAAAAAGAUAUUAUUUAAGGUCAUCAGAAGAUAAAGGAACCAUAAAAUAACCAGAGAAAUGUUUCACAUUGGACCUCCUAAAAUUAAUUUAAUAAUUUUAAAUGGUAUAUUAGAAAACUUAAGACAAAGAACAUCUAGAAGAUGAGACUAAUAAAGUCAAAAUAACUUUGCAGAAAUUGAAAACAGAACAAAAAUAUGCUUUUCCCAAAGUUAUGACAGCUUUAGAUUCUGAUGUAAUGACAGUUGAGCGUGUGCCUAAUGAUGCUAUGCAAGCUUGUACCCCCUGCAGCUUUAUAAAAAUGGCUUUUACAUGGAAGUGCAAUGGUCAAGGAAGCUUGUGAGUGGUUGAAGAAACUUAAUAUUUGAUCUUUUGGUGAUUGGAUAUGGCAUCAUGUUAAAGAGUUCUUUACUAUACUUUAUUGAUAAUAUUGGGAAUAUGGUUCCUUAAAGUGAUCAUGAAACUAUAGUGUAAAAGAAUGUGUGUCAAAGGAAAAAAUACCCACAAAAUAUGAUUGCUUGUGAUUAAGAUUGUAAGUGAUUUAGAAUCACAGGGCGGAUUGAUAUUUUUGUGAAUUUAAAUUUCUACAGGGCAUUAGGCCUUGAUAAUUAAUUGGUGUGUGAAUGAUUUAAAAUCACAGGGUGGAUUGUUGUGUACUGGUUUAAUAUGAUUUCAAAUCCACUAGUUUAUGACUUAUGUUGUUUUAAUCCACUUGUUUGUGACAAAGACAAAAAGAACAUUAUUGUUUUGAUCUAAGAAUGAAGUAAGUUGUGUCAGGAUGUCAUCAUUUCAUCUGUUGUCCAUGAUAAGAACUCAGUAGCCCAGCUGCUGAGGGGCCCCGCUGGGGGCUGAUCAGUAAGAACAUGUGGAGAAGCAACUAUCACAAGGGGGCAUUCAGACUAUAAAUACCCAGAGUUUGUGAGGAUUAUUUGAGAGUUUGUGUCUGGGCAAGGCACCACUUUGCUGACCUAAAUAAAUUCUCUAAGGACAUUGGGGCAUUAGCUCCUACUGUGGUAAGGGUGACUCCCUUAUCAGUGGUGGUAACAAACUGCACAGUGGCCCCAUGCAGGAGAUCAGCCUGCCUACCAACGCUGGUGCUGUCGUUCCUUUGCAAUGUGCUCUGGCAACAAGGGACUUGUUUUUGUGUUGGCAGGUGGACAUCCCCUCUUGGUUGGUCAAGCCAUCUCUCCUGAGUGCCUCCUCGUAUGAAAAGGUACACCUCAAACUAAAUUUGGACUUUAUUCGUUUCAUCUCUUCUUGCCUUUGUGUGAUUAAUCUGUCAUUGGUUUGGAGUGUGGCGUGUUAUUUUUUUCAUGGACUUAUUAAGAGACAUUAUCCUGUAUGCUAUUGGCUUGCAAAACUAUUAUAGACCCCACAGUGAACCUGUGUUAAAUAAACUAUUGACAAAGACA